AUGGGUUGCUGCUGCGAGUGGCGUACACCCACGCCGCUUCGUUUCGUGCUGCCAAGCGUGAUCAUUGGAGUGAUAUUGUAUCUGUAUACUUCGUUCAUGAUUUUUGCGCACAGUCGCGUGCUUAAAGCCGGCGCGUCGAUCUCGGAGCUACUGGUCUUUAAUACCAUGACGUUCUUGUUGUGCUGGUCGCUGACGCAGACUCUACGCUCAAGCGAUUCAUUCUUGCCGCAGCACACGCUGACUAAAGAAAAGCUUCAUGAGCUUAAGUUACCAGGAGCUGAUCCUAAUGAUGUGUUGGUUGAAACCAAGAUGAACGGUGCUAUCCGCACGUGUCGUAAGUGCCGCACACUCAAACCCGAUCGGGCUCAUCAUUGUAGUACAUGUAGACGCUGUGUGCUAAAAAUGGACCACCACUGCAUCUACAUUAACAAGUGUAUCGGCUACUUUAAUUAUAAGUUUUUUAUAUUAUUUCUGGGUUGGAGUGCGUCGACAUGUUUAUAUCAGAGCAGUUUGCUCUUCCGUUACGUAUUAGCUGAGAGUUUGGAUCGAGCUGGCACGCUUUACUUCUUUGGCAAACUAGGACUGUUUAAUCCGCACUUGCAGACUAUUAGCGUGUUUUUCGGCAGCGCUGUAUUAGGUUUGGCAUUGGCGUGCUUCUAUCUCAUGCAUUUGUAUUUCGUAAUUAAUAACUUUAGCACGCUUGAGUACUGCGAGAAGCGAGAUGAUCCCGACUACAUCAAUUACUACAAUGUCGGAAUUGUGCGAAAUUUUCAGGAAGUUUUUGGCACGUCUCGCGAAUUUCUGUAUUGGUUUUUGCCGGUUCAUAGCCCCAGCUUUCGAAUGCGUGAUGGAAGGACAUUUCCAUUAAAUUCCAAAUAUGUCAAAAAUGACUAG